AUGCUGCCUGCGCCAAUUGGCAAUGGAUUGCCCCGAAUCUGGAUCAUGGCAACAUCCCUGACUCUCUUCAAUCCUCGCCCUCUUCUCCUGCUCCAGAAUCUCUUCAAAAUCGUACCCAAGAUUUCAGAGUUGUUCACAACUUCGCGACAGACCUCCUUGCAAAAGUUGCUAUCAUUCACAGCAGGUAGGAGCAUCUUAGAAGCUCUCAGUUACUUAAGCAACAUAUUGCUCUCCGGCACUGAGACUAAUGAUAUUACCAUUAAAGUCAGGGACUUGGGACUCGGCGAACGAGCAUCUGCUAUUCAUGUCCUGGCAUUGAAAGAGUUUGUAGCUUUCUCCAAAGCCAUUCGCAGCUUCCAAGCAUUGCUUCAAGCUUUCAAGUCCCACUGGCGAGGCUCCGCUCCUCCUGGAGUACAAAUAGGGCACCUGAUCCCUAUUUGCGGUGGCAUUCUCCUUUUCAAAUAA